AUGGCCUCCCGUCCUCAGAACAUUGGCAUUAAGGCCAUCGAGCUUUACUUCCCUAGCCAGUAUGUCGAACAAUCCGAGCUCGAGAAGUUCGAUGGUGUUAGCACUGGCAAAUACACUAUUGGUCUUGGUCAGACCAAGAUGACCUUCUGCGAUGACCGAGAAGACAUCUACUCCAUGGCCUUGACUGCCACCUCCAAGCUGUUGAAGAAUUACAGCAUCGACCCUAACUCCAUUGGCCGUCUCGAGGUCGGUACCGAGACCAUCCUCGACAAGUCCAAGUCCGUCAAGUCUGUCUUGAUGCAGCUGUUCGGCGAAAACACCAACAUUGAGGGUGUCGACACCUUGAAUGCUUGCUAUGGUGGUACAAACGCUUUCUUCAAUACUGUUAACUGGAUGGAAUCUUCCGCCUGGGACGGAAGAGACGCAAUCGUCGUAGCCGGUGACAUUGCCCUUUAUGCCAAGGGUAAUGCCAGGCCGACUGGUGGUGCUGGUUGCAUUGCUCUGCUGGUCGGCCCUGACGCUCCCAUCGUCGUUGAUGCCGGUCUGCGUGGAACAUACAUGCAGCACGUGUAUGAUUUCUACAAGCCUGACCUUACUAGCGAGUACCCCUAUGUCGAUGGCCACUACUCGGUCAACUGCUACACCGAAGCUCUUGACGCUGCCUACCGAGCGUAUUGCAAGCGCGAGACUCAGCUGAAGAACGCAGCAAACGGUCAUGCCAACGGAAAUGGUGCCGCCGCCGCCGACGGUACCAAGACUGCCCUAGACCGUUUCGACUACGUAGCUUUCCACUCUCCGACGUGCAAGGUCGUCCAGAAGUCCUACGCACGUCUCUUAUACCACGACUACCUCGCAGACCCUGAUAGCCCAGCCUUUGCCGAGGUCCCUGGCGACAUCCGGGAUAUGGACUACAACAAGUCCUUGUCCGACAAGGUGGUUGAGAAGACCUUCAUGGCUCUCACCAAGAAGCGCUUCAACGAGCGCGUCUCACCCUCCAUCCAAGUAUCCACCAACUGUGGUAACAUGUACACUGCCAGCUUGUGGGGUGGCCUUGCUAGUCUUAUCUCUUACAUCGAUAGCGCCACUCUUCAAGGAAAGCGUAUCGGACUGUUCAGCUACGGCUCUGGUUUGGCUGCCAGUUUCCUCUCGGUGCGCGUCAAUGGAAACACAGAACAUAUUGCAAAGGUUCUGGAUAUCCAGAACAAGCUGGCUGCGAGGCGGGCUGUUCCUCCCGAGACAUACGAAGCUUUCUGCGAGUUGCGCCACAAGGCUCACCUACAGAAGAACUAUACCCCUCAAGGUGACGUGUCAACUCUAGCUGGUACUUACUACCUAGAGAAGGUCGACGACAUGUUCAAGCGAACCUACGCGAUCAAGGCAUAA